AUGGCCUCCGACGAAAUCGUCUGGCAGAUCAUCUCUCACCAGUUCUGCGCCUUCAAACUCACCACACCGCUCAAGACGGCCACCUUCUGCAGAAACGAAUACAAUGUCACCGGUCUCUGCAAUCGCCAGUCUUGUCCGCUGGCAAAUUCUCGUUAUGCCACUGUUCGCGCCGAUCCUGCCAAUGGACGGCUAUACCUCUACAUGAAGACCAUCGAGCGAGCCCACCUACCGAGUAAAACCUGGGAGAGGAUUUUACUGAGUGAGAACUACGUCAAAGCACUAGAACAGGUCGACGGCAGACUGAUCUAUUGGCCUAAGUUCUUGGUUCACAAGUGUAAGCAGAGACUUACUCGCUUGGUACAAGUGGCAAUCAAGGCUAGGAGAAUCGAGAAAGAGGAGGCAUCUAUGCUGGGUGAGAAGAUGGUACCCGUUAGAGCUCCCAAGAUUAGAAGACGUGAAGCAACAAGAGAACGGAAGGCAUUGGCUGCUGCCAGACUCGAGAGACAGAUCGAGAAAGAGUUGGUAGAGAGACUGAGAAGCGGUGCAUAUGGCGAUAAGCCAUUGAACGUGGAGGAAGGUGUCUGGAAGAAGGUCCUCAAAGUCUUGGAAAAAGGUGGAGAGGCAGAGAGAGACGACGACUUUGAUGGAGAAGAGGAGGAAGAACUUGAGGAAGAAGGUGAGGGUGCUGACUUGGAGGAUGGAAUGGUGGAAUAUGUCAGUGGCGACGAGGGAGAGAGUGAUAUUGAAGACAUGGAGGACUUUAACGAUUGGCUUAAGGGAGGUAACGACGAAGAAGUAAGCGAAGAAGACGGCGAAGAGGAAAGUGGAGCAUCGGACUUUGAAGAAGAAGACGAUGGCGAAUUCGACAGUGAAGACGACUCGGAAGGAGCCUCAGACAGCGAAUCCGGCAGCGACGACUCCGAGCGACCGCCAGCCAAGGUCGUCAAACCAUCCGCGAAGGACCUCAAGAGAAAGAGAUCAGAGGCAGAUGUCAAGCGGAAAACCAAGAAACGCUCCCACCAAACCAUCGAGAUCGAAGAGGAGCACGAACUACUACCCCAGAGUCGGGAAUACGCAUAA